UCGCGUUCGGAAUCUUUAAUCGGAAAGUAGAGAAAAAUGGGUGAAGAAUCGCAAAUAUUGCAGGAAGCGAGUACUACUCAGGUACCAGAUACACCUGCAGUUAAACUCGCUGACCCAUCAUUGACGAACGGGACGCACGGAGCGGUUGAGACGACAUCUAGCGACGUUCCGCAAUAUCUACACGAUGCAGUCGCCAAAAUUGCACCGCAGGAGGGGUUCACUCCGGGCCAGUUUCAAAUAUCUUUCGAAGUGGGCUCCGGCAAAGGAGAUGGUUUUGUGGGGGAAAUGUUUCGUGCCAAAAUCAUCGAAGGGAGUAGAGAACUGAUAGUGCUUUGUAAGAUUCCUCCUACCAACGAGGCCCGACGCCAACAAUUCAAUUCAAUGUUGCUUUUUGAAAGGGAAGUAAUGGCUUAUUCAGAAUUUUUACCAAUAAUAUACGAGUUUCAACGCGAGAAAGGCGUUACUGAAGAAUUGGGAAUUGGGUUUUUCAAUGCUCCGAAAUGCUACCUAGCAAACGUUGAUAUGGUCAAGGAGGAGUCCGCUAUCGUGAUGGAUGAUUUACGCCUGAAGAAUUAUCGCAUGUGGAAUAAAUUGAUUCCCGUCAACUACGAACACAGUAAACUAUUGAUGAUACAACUCGGAAGACUGCACGCAGUGUCCUUCGCGCUGAAAGACCAGCGGCCGGAAGUAUUCGAAAUGUUCAAAGUUGCUGAUCCAAUGGGCGAAUCAUUCAAAAACAAUGCUCCUUUUGUGGAAAUGAUGAAUAUGACUAUGGAUCGGGCAAUAGAUACACUUGAACCCGGGGAAGAAAAAUAUCGACAAAAAUUACUGAAGCUAAAACCUACCUUGAUUUAUGAAAUGUCUACUAUAGCACAAUCGGCAAAAGCGGAGCCGUACGCUAUCCUAGGUCAUGGCGAUUGUUGGGUCAAUAACUUUAUCUAUGCUUACAAGAAAGGAGUACCAUCAGAGAUAGUCCUACUGGACUGGCAGAUUUGUCGUUACGCAUCGCCAGCACUGGACUUGCUGUACUUUUUGUUCUGCUGUACCGACGGCGAAUUCCGAGCUGCACACUACGACGAAAUGAUCCGUAUUUAUUACGAUUCGCUCAAAAUAUUGUUGGAAAAGCUGGGUGGUGACGCUAGCAGACAGUUUCCAUAUACAGCGCUGUUGAAGCAGCUUAAAACGUUCGGCAGAUUCGGUUUAAUGAUGGCUACCUUCUUAGUACCGAUGUUGUGCAUCGAAAAUCAAGACCUGCCCGAUUUGAACGCCGAGGCGGAAAAGUUCAAGGAAACUCAAAAGGUCGAUAUGAUAUUUGCCGUGAACCAGCGGUCCGAAGCGAAGAUGCGAAAGCGAAUGAGUGCCGUCAUACGGGACGUGAUAAGAUACGGUUAUCUCUAGUCGAUGGGAGGCGAAUAGAAAAGUUUACGCACUGCCCAAAGAUAAAUACUGAUCCGUUAAGUUCCUGGACGAAAAAAUAAAGCAAAAUAUCAAAUUUUUGGUUUGGGAUUCCAAACAUAUUUGUCA